AUGUCUCACACGCACACCCACCACCGCCGCACCCACAACCUCCUCCUCAUCUCCAAACUCCUGUCCCAGCACCCCCACCACGCGCAGACCUCGCCCUUCACCCUCGUCCUCGACUCGCUCGAACAGCCCGCCCGUCCGCUGACAAGGGAGUAUCUCCGGCGUGCGAGGCUGUCGAGACGCGCAGGGGCGCCACACGGCGUCGUGGUCGUGGUUCUUGGGUUCGAGACGUUCGCUAAGCCCGUCGGGGCAGACUAUUUCGUCCCGUGUCAUGGGUAUUGUCACGACGUGGGGCAAAGUCCAAGUCCUGGUCGAGCCUCUGGGGCAGGGGCGGGAGUAGGUGUGGGAGAGAAGAUCGCGCGGGAAGUGGGCGAGAUUCUUCGGCGGAGUGGCGGAAACAGGUUCUUGAUCAUGAUUGAUUCCUUAUCGACACUGGCCGCUCUCUCCAUCCAGCCGACGUCCAAUCUCAACCUGACCGCGUUCCUCUCCUCCUUACUCCAGCCACCCGCACUCCAGACAAAAGGCGCGGAGCAAGGCGAGGGCCCGCAAGUUUCGUUGGUCGCCGUCUAUCACACCGACGUGCCCUUGCCGUCCCCACCACCCUCGACACUCCCGUCAUCGGCAUCGCUGUCAAAUUCGUAUUCGCCUUCACCGCUCUCGCUCCUCUCGUACCUCGCCACCACCGUCAUAACAAUCCAUUCGCUCCCAAUCCUCCUGGCCGAAAAGUCUGCCCGCUCCAAAUCCCUGGCCGCGCCGGCCUUUGGCCUCUCGGAAGAAAUCGAGGGCGUGGUCAUAGGCCUAAAGUCCAAGUCUGUGACCAAAUUGAAGGAAGAGGAGCGCGGAGUUGUCUUGGAAUUGGAACACCGCAGGAGAAGUGGUCGCGGAGUCAGAGAGUGGUUCUUCUUGCCUACGUCCCAAAACAUGACGAAAAAGGGCGAUGGCCAGCCGUUCCGGGAGAUCGUCACUCUCCUGGAUGAUCACCCGCUGUUCCGUUCAUCGGGCGAGGAAGAGACGGUGGAGGAGCUUUCGGGCAUGACUUUCGAGCUGGGGCUGACCGAACGUCAACGCCUGGAGCGGGAAGGGGUGGUAUUGCCGUACUUUGAUGCUCAGAAAGCAGGCGGCGGAGCGGGCGAAGGUGGACGAAUCUUGUACGACAUGGGCGUUGAGGAUGACUUUGACGAGGAAGAAGAUGAAAUCUGA